AGCCUAAUUGGUUAGAUUAAGCCCUCAGCCCAAUAAAUGGCCCAUGUUUGGUUCCGAAGGAAUCGCAAGAAACGAAUCUUUCGACGAUGGACCCCAUCGAAUCUUCUCCAACAUAUUUGGAAACUUUCGUUCGCAUUUUGCACUGAGAUUCAUUUCCAGCCAUAACUUCAAAAUCACUUUCUUCGCCUCUGCAUUUGGCUUCCAUGAAUUUACACUCCAUCAUCAUCUCUUCCACCUUAUUAUGCCCUAAAGUCCGCAUACAAUGCCUGCGACUUCUUCCACGAUCGCCUUUGCCGUCGCCAUGUCCAAGGACUACUCUACAGAACUUGCAAACGAGCAAAAGAGCAAAGAGAUACAACCGUCGGUUGCUCUGCUUCGAGCAAAAAGAGGAAGGUCUACAAUCUACAGAAGAAUUGCAGCCGGUUUCGUCGUCUGAGAAGAAAGGAACUGUUGCUGGAGCUAUGGCUUUUAUUAUUGGUACCAGUAUUGGAUCGGGGAUUCUUGCAAUUCCAGAGAAAGCGUCUCCGGCUGGAUUUUUCCCCAGUUCGAUAUCGAUAAUAAUAUGUUGGGGGUUUCUUUUAGUAGAAGCACUGGUGCUUGUUGAGAUUAGUGUGGUUCUGUGGAGGAGGAAGAAAAAGAAGAAGAAGGGCGAAGAGGGAGAGACGGGGAUGGAGGUGAUUUCAGUCAGAACUAUGGCGCAGGAGACUCUGGGGGAUUUUGGUGGAACCCUGGCCACUGUUACCUAUGUUUUCUUGGGCUACACUUCCAUGGUUGCCUAUAUUUCCAAGUCUGGAGAGAUCCUUCUCCAAUCAUUUAAUCUUCCAUCUCCACUUUCAGGCUUCCUUUUCACAUUGUUUUUUUCUCUGCUUAUCUCCGUCGGUAGGACCAGAGCCGUAGAUCAAGUCAACCAAUGGCUUACAGCUUGUAUGAUAGGUUUACUACUGGGAAUUGAAGUGUUAGCAGUUCAGUUUGGAGGAUGGUCCGCAAUGGAUGGGGGAGGAGACUGGAGAAAGGUCCCAACUACAAUACCUGUUAUUAUCUUUGCUUUGGUAUAUCAUGAUGUAAUACCGGUUCUCUGUGCUUAUUUGGAAGGUGACCUUCCUCGCCUAAGAGUUUCAGUUUUGCUUGGUAGCAUUAUUCCCCUGCUAGCAUUGCUUGUCUGGGAUGAAAUAGCCCUUGGCUUGUUAGCACAAGCGGAUCAAUUAAUUGACCCAGUUGAAUUGCUCCUGAGUGUGAAAUGGAGUGGAAUUUCUUACAUGGUAGAAUGGUUCUCACUUCUUGCUGUUGGAACAUCUAUGCUGGGAACAUUGCUAAGCUUCUCUGCAUUUUUCAAGGAGCAACUCAGUAACAUCUUUUCUGAUUUGUCUACAAGAGAGGCUUUGAAAGAACCACCGAAGUUCUGCUUAAUGAAGAACUGGUGGGAAAUGCAUAAAUUAGGCCUUACUGCCUUGGCAAUUGCUGUUGGUCCCUCCCUUCUUGUGUCCACUACUAAUCCUGAUUCAUUUUCUGCUGCUACGGAUAUUGCGAAACACUAUUAUGGUGUUCUAUCAUAUUGGUAUAAGAGCUUUAACACCUGGGGAAGCAAAACAAAAUGGCGUAGAAGAGGAUUGAAGAGAAGUUGUAGACCGUUGAUGAGGAUAUCUUUGGAAUUCGGGUGGAACUACAGAAGUUGCCAGUGAUCGAAGAAAAUAUACCCUCAAUGGCGAAAAGUAUCGAGAGAUUGGGGAUUCAAGCCGAUAAGCAACAGAAAUAGCAGCAAUUGUUGUUGAAGUACAUUGAAGGAAUGAUCAAAGAGAAAUCGAUAGUGACGAUGGAAACGGAAGGUUCUUCAAGUAGAGGAAGGCCGAUAGAGAGUAAUUUGGGAGGAAGUGAGAUAACGAUACUGGAAAUUAAAGAAACAUCAGUUGAUCAAAGCAAAUUUAAGAAGGUGGAAAUGCUUGUGUUUAAUGGUGAUGAUCUAGAUGCGUGGUUAUUUCGAGCUAAUAGAUUUUUAAGAUCCAUGACUUAACUGAGUCAGAGAAGAUGAUGGUAGCCAUGAUCAGCUUCGAUGGACCUACUUUAGAUUGGUAUAGAGCACAUGAUGAACGUGAGCCAUUUCCAGAUUGGGCAGACUUGAAACAUUGUCUGUUAAUCUGAUUCCGAUCGACAAGGGAAGGCACUAUAUGCGGGAAAUUUUUAUCGAUCAAACAAGAAACCACUGUGGAAGAAUAUCACAACCAAUUCAAUAAGCUGUUGGCGCCACUGUCCUUCCUACAGAAGGUAGUAUUGGAAGAGACGUUUAUGAAUCGGUUGAGCCCAUGGCAUAAGGCUGAGGUAUAAGUUGCCAAAUGAUGAAAUUAGCAUUGAAGAUAGAAAAUAGGGAAAUCGUACGAAAGGAAGUUGGACUCAAAAGUGUAUAUGGAGGUAAGCCUCAAACCCCUACAUCUAAUAUUAAAACUAAUAUGGCUGGGAAUCCAAAUGAAAACUAGACGAACAAAAAUUUGCCAAUGAGAACCAUCACCCUUCAGGGAGUAACAGUCGGAGAUAACCGGUGAGAGGGAGCUUCGAAAAGACUAUCUUAUGGAAUUCCAAUCAAGAAGAUAGAAGGGACUAUGUUUUCGCUGUGAUGAGAAACAUCAUACCGGCCACCGUUGCAAGGUGAAGGAGCAAAAGGAACUGAGAUUGCUAAUAGUCCAAGAAAACGGAGAAGAACCGGAGAUCAUUGAGGAUGAUUGCUGGUUAAAUCCAUGGAGGUGGGAAUAGAGGAAAAUCCUCAUAUUGAAUUAUCUAUCAAUUCCGUGGUAGGAUUGAUCAAUCUAGGGACCAUGAAAGUCAAGGAAAAGCUUCAUAAUGAAGAGGUAGCGAUGCUCAUUGACUGUGGCGUGACUCAUAACUUCAUUUUGAAAAAAUUAGUAACCUCUUUGAAUCUGCCAACUAAAGAAACUUCGAACUAUGGUGUAAUUCUGGGCUCAGGAACAUCAAUUAAGGGGAAAGGAAUAUGUGGAAAUGUGGAAUUUUCUAUUGGGGAUUGGAAGGUAGUAGACAACUUCCUACCUUUGGAGUUCAGGGGAAUUGAUAUUAUCCUAGGAAUCGAGUGGCUACAUUCCUUAGGAGUGACCAAAGUGGACUGGCAAAAUUUGAGCAUGACUUUCUAGCACGAAGGGAAGAAAAUAGUUUGGGGGGAUCCGAGCCUCACAAAAACCCAAGUCAGUGUGAAAAACAUGAUGAAAUCUUGGGGCAUAGAGGACAAAGGGUUCUUGAUUGAAUGUAGAGCCAUGGAAGGAAGCUUGUCGAUUGAAGAAUUGUAUGAUGAAGAAGUUGUUCCGACUAUAAAUGAAUCCAUUCCAGCCCUAUUAAAUAAAUAUGAAGAUGUGUUUAAUUGGCUAGAAGAGCUUCCACCAAAUAGGGGAAUAGAGCUUCCACCAAAUAGAGCUUCCACCACAUACAGCCGGGGUGUGUUCUUUGUCUUUACUUUCAAUAUUUUCGUUCUUGUUUUGAGUCUGUUUUGGAUUUGUUAUCAGUUUCCUUGUUUGUUGUUCAAGAAUUGAUCUCCUCAAUUCUUCUCUCCUUCUGUAAUCUUGAUCAAUAUCAAUAUAUAGAAUCACUGUUCUGGUGUUCUAUCA